AUGAAUUUGUUCAAAGUGGAAAAAAAACUUCCUUCAAAAAGUGAUGUUGAAAUCGUACAAGAUUGUCUAAUUACAGAGUUAGAACAGCAAAUUCAAGAUAUUGAAGAAUUGGAGAAACAGGAGAAAGAAGCGAUUGAAAAAGCGUCCAAGUGUUCGUAUCAGGCCGAUUACUCUUGGCUUGCAAACCGGACAAUACAACAUUAUCAAAUACCUGUCCUGCAAAAACUACAAAUUGAGGAAUUGUGCCUCUCUGUGAAACCAUCAGAAACGAGACAAAUCAUUUUGCGAUUUCGCACUUUAAUGACACGAAGACCACCACUUGAAGAAGUUGCAUUAAUAAUGAUAUCUGUGAUAAAACAAGUGCUUCAGGAACGAAACAAGGAAGAAAGUUUUUCCGAAUGGUUGGUGCGAAGAUCAUCUAGUUUUGUAUCUCUUAGAUCAAAUACUAGACGAGUCUCACCUGUGAAUGAUCCAUCAGAAGGACCAACCGAACCUAGAAGACGACAGGAGUGCUUCAAUUCAAAUUCUAUUCAAAUUACUUAUUGUAACAAUGUUGAUGAUUUACCUGUCUAA